AUGGACAGUAAUAACCAACCUCCACCUUCCAAAUUCGGUCUGAAAAAUAUGGUCAUUAAAGAGGUAGCCUUUCCUUCAACUAAUUCAAAUUCGGGAAUCCGAAGAAGCUUGUCAUCGGAAAGAGACAACACCAGAGAAACAAUGUCAAGUCUCCUAUCAAAUGUUCCCCAUCCAAUUCCUGCUUCAAUGGAAAGAGAAAUCAAAUUGAAGAUCAAUAGAGAGCUAUCAGAGGAAGGAAAGAGAGCACAAAUGAGACUUGCACAAAGGACAUCAUCGAUUGAUCGUACCAUUGAACGGAGAUUGUCCAGAACUAGCAGUGAUGAGGAAGAUACAAGUGCUAGAAUCAGAGAUUAUGUGCUCAAUAUGAACAAUCCUCUUCUGCCGUUCUCACAGUGCCUACUAGAUCCAGAGUCAUCAGGAAGUCUUGGCUCUCCCACUUUUUUUGCUAGUUCAAAUAGGGUGGCAACGAAGAAAAAUGUAGCAGUCAACUCAAAAAGUCAACAAUCUUCCACAAGUUCCUACUGGCUCAAGGAACACAAUGGCUCAAGGAUUAACGUGAAUUCCAUGAACUCAGGUUACUCUGUCUCGCCUAUAGAGCAGGCAGCAGAAAGUACAAUCAAGAGAAAGGGCGGAGAGCGUGCUCCCAGCAACAGACAUGUUGUCCCUGGCAACGUUGGGUUCGCCGGUUUCUCUCCCACUCCAUCAAUGUCCGCCGCGGGCACAUUGAAGAGCAUGGCGGAGUGUGCUCGAGGUCUUCAAAAAGCUGCUGACUCCCAAUUAUCCAAUUCUGCUGGAACCAGUGGACCGGAAGCAGCAAAUCAUUCGUUAUCAGUGGGUGGUUCGCCGCAUUUUACUCCUGUCACUAUGCGACGAGUUGUUCCUGCUCCUCGAGAGCAAAGUAAUAUUCCGACUAGACAAAUUUCAAUGGUUCCUUCGCCGGUCAGUCCACUAAUGCGAGUUCCGAACGGUACAACGGGACCAUAUCAAGGAGCCAGACGCGCACCACCAUAUCGUCGACCACAAAUGUAUGCUUUCAAUGGAAAUUCACCAGCUCCUGGCUUGAAGAGACCAGCUCAGUUCUCAACGCCAGAAAGCUCCGGUCCGCCAGCAAAAUUGAUCAUUCUGAAUAAUUCUGUACCUGCUGUUCCACAAAACCAUCGGAUCGUGAAAAAAUACGCUAUCGUCAGAAACCAGGAAAACCAAAUCGUUGCAUUGAAGCAACCUUCAACAUCAACUCCAGUGACUCGCUCUUACAAAAUUGCCCAAAACGGAAGAGUCAAUGGUGCUCAGAACGGAACUUUCAAGCUGUCUCAACACCAGCCAAACCACGUGGUUCGUCUGAAUAACAACAUGAUAGCAGUUAGAAUUGUUAGGGAUAACCAUCAACAAUCGCCAGAAAAGGUUCCAAGCACCUCUACAGCAAUGAAGUCUACAUCGCAGCUUUUCAUAUGGUCUUCAGAACAGAACACUUUCUUCGCAAUCUUUGAAGGCUUUUCUGGUGUUAAUGCUAAACAAAAACAAGAUCGCAUGAAAAAGUUUGAGAGACUGGUCCGAACGUUCCAUGUCAAACAGUCAACAAGUCACUAG